CCCCUUUCUCUCUCUCUCUCUCUCGCUCGCUGCGCUGAAACCAAACGGCACUGAAGAAAUCCGCUUCCCGUUUGGUGUUCUCUGCCUGUCUAUUUGGUUGUUUGCUUUCGAGCAGCCGAGAGGACUGUUUCAUUUUGCUCCUUUUUUAUCUCUUGGGGACUGUCAAUCUCGAUCCCGAAGCAAAGCUGCCUUCUUUUGGGUGUCGUUUUCUGUGGCCGGAUCAGAAGCUGUAAGAUAAGUACUGCGGAAGCCCGCACGGCCGCCCGCUUCCCACUCCCGCGCUCCCUUCCGCGGUGGGAUGCGAACAAAAGCGGUUCGUGCCAACAACCUCUCUCCGCCAUUAUCGCGCCCGACUCGGAGCUCUGGUUAUAUUUUGGUGGGACGAAUAAGGGAAAGUUGGGGGUUUGCGCCGAGCGGAACCGAAAAGAUCGGAUCUUGGCGUCUCUUUCUUCUUCUGCAGCGGGAAUAUUUGCUUUGGAAUGAAUAUCCCAAUUCCUGUCUUCAAUAUCUUCUGGCCCAACCAUGGAUGCUGAUCUUGAAUUGGAGAACAAUUUGUCCUCUCUCAUGGAGAGUGACCAAUCAUGGGAAUCUCUGUCUGCUAGCUACUCUGGAAGCAAGGAUAUCGAGCGCAAACAUGUCUCUGAGGGUAACAAUCGAGUGACAGUAUCUAUGGUUUCCUUGGACAGCAUUCUUCCUGAUGACGUUUUAGAGAAAAUAUUCUCUUUUCUGCCCAUUGCAAGCGUCAUCAGGGCUGCAUCUGUGUGUAAAGUUUGGUAUCAUAUCAUCCACUCGAUGAGGUUUAUAUGGGCAAACAAGUUACCACAGAAGCCAUGGUACUUCAUGUUUACCUUUAAUGAGGCUGCAGCAGGUUACGCAUAUGAUCCGGUUCUUCGGAAAUGGUAUAACAUUGAUCUCCCUUGUAUCGAGAAAAGUAAUUGGUUCGUUUCUUCUUCCAAUGGAUUAGUUUGCUUCAUGGACAAUGAUACUCGGAGCCGUAUUUUUGUUUGCAACCCAAUUAUAAGAGACUGGAAAAGGAUUUUGGAGCCUCCGGGUGUUGUUUUCCCUGAUUACAGUUCUCUUGCCAUCUCUGUAGAUAGAAGUUCUCACCGUUAUACGAUAGUUGUCAUCAAAUCUAAACAGGUGCCUGAUGAUUUUUCACAGUGGGACUUCUCCAUUCACACAUACAAUUCUGAGAGUGAGUCAUGGGAAUCUUCCAUAAAUACGGUUUUGUCUGGAUGGAGGGGAGGUGAUGAAAGUGUGAUCUGCAAUGGAGUACUAUAUUGUUUGAUUCAUUCUACCGGUGUUGUGGGAAAUGCUGACCUCCGACAUAGACUGAUGAUGUAUGAUAUCUCAGCCACAACACCACAUGUUUCGUCGAUGCAGGUGACCAUACCGGUACCCUGUUCCCUCACCUGCGGUCGGCUGAUCAACCUCAAAGAAAGACUAGUGAUGGUUGGUGGAAUUGCAAAGUAUGACAAGCCAGACAUCAUCAAAGGGAUUGGAAUUUGGGAACUUGAUGCAGGAGAGUGGGUAGAGGUUGCUCGUGUGCCUCACAGGUUCUUCCAGGGGUUUGGUGAGUUGGAUGAUGUCUUUGCGAGCAGCGGUACCGAGGACUUGAUCUUUAUACAGAGCUAUGGGGCUACAGCUUUGCUUGUUUUUGACAUGAGCCAGAAGCAGUGGAAAUGGUCUGCUAAGUGCCCUGUGACCAAACGAUUCCCUCUCCAGCUUUUUACCGGUUUCUGCUUUGAACCUCGGCUUGAAAUGGUCUCCUGAUCUCUGCUGUUCUCUAGUGUUGGGACCGAGUAACAGUUUGCUAAAGUGUCUUUAAAUUUUUGUAGGGUUUCAGGUGCUGGUUUCUUGGUACAGAAAAAUCAUGUGUCGUGUUAUUUGAUGUUUUCUCUUCUUUUUUUCCUUUAUCUUGAUCAUGUGAUGGCACAAAGUGACAUAUGGAAUGGCAAGUGUUUAAAACGACAGGUUCUCCUAUAAAAGAAAAAGGUUCAAACAUUAUCAUCUUGAGCUUUCUUCUGGAUCUCAUGUUUGCUGGGUUUGCUAGUAAUCAGUAGCAAAUUUGCUCUUAAUUCCCUUUCUGGAGUUCUUUUUACUUGUUUGUGCCCAUCUGCUUUGUCUUUGGUCUUCUUGUUGUUUCAGUGAUAGGUGCAUUACCUUCAGGGCUUUUGUUUUA